AUGGUUGCAAAAUUCUUUGAAGCUCUUGUGAGGGUCGUUAAUUCAUAUUCCAUCCACUCUGCAUUGAUCCUGGACUCUGUUCAAGAUGACAGGGAUGACCCCAGUCAACCAUUAGUCACUGCUCCAUUUGGGCAUGCUUCACAGGAAAUUGUAAACCUACUGCUUUGUGGGCAGGCUGUGGCUAAUGUGUUUGAUGGUAAGAUGGACUUGGGUGGUGGCAUGUUUGUGAAGGGCAUUUCGUUGACUGUAGAAGUUGGAUUCCUCACUCUAUUAGAGUCCCUCAACUUCUGCAAGGUUGGCCAGUAUCUGAAAUGCCCCAAGUGGCCAAUAUGGGUUGUUGGAAGUGAGUCUCAUUAUACAGUCCUGUUUGCUCUUGAUAGCAAAGUUCAAGAGGAGAAUGAACUUGAAGGGAGAGAAACGCAAGUCCGGAGAGCUUUUGAUGCACAAGAUCAAAGCGGAGGUGGUGGAUUCAUUAGUGUGGAAGGCUUUAAUCAAGUGGUCAAGGAAACAAAUAUUAACCUUCCAGCAGAGAAGCUUGACCACCUUUGCAGUGCAGGCUUUAUCGUGUGGAGUGAGUUCUGGCAGGUGCUUUUGGAUUUAGACAAGAGUUUAGGAGGCUUAAAAGAUUCAACUGGAUUAAUGGGAAAAAAGAUAUUUGAUCUUUACCACUUUAAUGGAAUUGCAAAGUCAGUUUCAAAUGGCAGUCAGGCAUCUCCUGGAAGUGAGAUUCCAAUACAAAGACCAAGACUUACAAAACUGAGGGUUUCAGUUCCCCCAAGGUGGACUCCUGAGGAAUUCAUGACAGCAGGGCCCUCUGGUCCAGGUGGAAAUGACUCUACCGUGAAAGAUACUGUUGUUGAAGUGUCUAAACCGGAGCCUGCUCAGCAUGCACCUUUGGUUGACUGUAUUAGAACGCGGUGGUCCCGUGCUGUUUGCAACUGGGAAGGAGACGCACCAAGUAUAGUCUGAUUGUUUCCUAAUCUUAUUUGGUUUCCGCUGAUGUGCCUUAGUGUUUGAAAUACGGAGACAACAAAAUCCAGAGCAAGUGAAGAUGAAGUGGGGGGAAGAUGACCUAGUUCAAUUGAGGUUAGAGCGUUUUGGACAAAAAAGAGAAUGUUUUUAACUGAACUUCCAGUAUGCAGUACACCCAACACCAUUUUCAAACGUGUAAUAUUGUAACUGUCUCAUUAUAAUUUGAUUAAAGUUAUCGUUUCCGAGGUGAAGAUGUAGGGGACUGGUAAUUGUUGUCCUUGCAAUUCAUUUUACUAUCAGAUGCAGUUAAUUAGGUUGCUUUUUUUCCAGUCAUGUCAAGAUCAAUAAACUUCAACCUGGUCUUGUGGGUUAAUUGCACUGGUAUUGUUGAAAUUGCUGUGUAACAAUGAGCUGUCAUUUUUAUAACUUCCAAUAUAUUUGCA